AUGUCUGAGUCAGACAAGAUUAUUACCUUAACAAGCUCCGAUGGCGAGAGAUUCGAGGUGAGUGAAACUGUGGCGCGUCAGUUCGAGAUUGUAGCGCACAUGCUCGAAGACGGGUGCACUGGUAGCACUGUCCCGAUCACGACCGUCGACAGUACGAUCCUAGCCAAAGUGAUCGAGUAUUGCAAGAAACACGUUGAAGCUGGUGAUGUGGAAGGCAACGAGGAGGCUACGAAGACGCUCAAAGAUUGGGACGAAGAGUUUGUUAAAGUGGAGAUGGAUACGCUCUUUUCAAUCAUCCUCGCAGCUAACUAUCUCAACAUCAAAGGCCUUCUCGACAUUACUUGCCAGAAGGCUGCUGAUAACAUCAAAGACAAGACACCAGAGGAGGUUCGAAAGAUUUUUAACGUAGAGAAUGAUUUUUCAGUUGAUGAAGAAGCAGCUGUUCGCAAGGAGAACGACUGGGCUUUUACUUGA